ACUGUAUGCCCUAACCGCCUAGCCCCUGGGUCUGGCAUGACAGACAGACUUUUCCAGGGGAGUCAAGGGCACAGGAUGAAGCCAGAUAAGGCGAGGCAGGCGAGGCAGAAUGAGUGAGUUUUCUAAGGAGGGAGGAUGGGGUGCAGGUAGAGCGAGGUAAAGCAGCUGGGGUGGUGAGCCAGCGAGGCACUGGCCUCCAGAGUCCGUGGCCAAGGAGGGCCUCGCGGGCGGCGACGGAGCAGUGAUCGGUGCCUCUGAGAGCUCGGAUUGGAGACUUUGGCCAGGUCUCCAACAAAGGUGGAUGCGCCCGCCAGCCACUUGAAGGCCAGGAUGGCAGGUGUGGUCAACAUGAUAGAAAGACAUGACAUGGUCCGGUGUGAUGGAGAGGACAGAAGGACGGUCAUCCAGCCUUCCUGAACACCAUGGGCUGGCGACACUGCCAACAGAAGCCGUCUGUUCUUUUACUUUUCCCGAAGAGCUAACACAUCUCUGCUGCUCUCUGGAUCCUUCUCCCCCUACCUUGAACCCUCAAGAUGAAAGAAAUGGUGCUACCCAGCUCAUGUCUGGGCCUUUGAAUCCGGGGACUUUAAGUCCGUCUCGUUCUGAAUCAAGAAUACUCUGUACUCGGAACCACUACACUACCUGCCUCAGGAAUCGGCUCGAAGGUGAAGCUGAAAGAACAGACGGUGUCAACAUCUUGAAAAAGCAGACCCACAGCACCCACCCACCCCUGAGAUUCCAUCUUCAUGGCCAACUCUGCCUCACCCGGGAGACCACCACCCACACCAUCCCGGAGCCAAGCCUCUAUCCAGGGAUGGCACCAUCAUCAUCAUCUCCCUCCUGUCUUUUUCUUCUUCAUCCUUUCCUGUAACCUAUCUUUCUUUUCUUUUGUGUCUUUUUUCCUUUGCUUGAGAGACUCAAAGCAUCCGUGACUCUGUUUCCCCCUUCGCCCCUUUUGAAUUUGCACUAAGUCGAUUGCACUGGUUUGGAGUUACGGACAUAGCCUUGAGUCUCUCCGCGUGAAUGGUGAAUGUAUGCAGCGAGUGUGGGGGCCCCUUUGGCUACGCUGCCCCAGUGCCUACCUGUCAUCCACUUCAGUCUGGGGGGCAACUGGGUGUGGCCGAGUGCUUGAGGCCUCGCCUUCCCCUCGCCUAGUCUGGAAGCAGUUCCAUCAUAAAGUGUUCAACAUGCCCUACUUCAUCCUUUGCCCCUCCCCCACCAGGGCCUCACCAGAGGUCCUGGGUCCAUCAAUAAAUACAGUUACAGUCA